UCCUCCCCAUUCCCAACCCCUUUCUGCCCCUGGCCAAACCCUCCCUGGGGCUGGAAGAGAGAGGGACCAGUCACACCCUGUAAGCAGCUCUGUGCCUUCGGAGGUCUUUCCGCCUGCCUGUCCCCAUGCCUCUCCUGCUCUUGCUGCUCCUGCUGCCAAACCCCUUACACCCCUGUGAGGUCACCAAAGUGGCCAGCCAACUAGAAGUGAACUGUGAUAACAAGCAACUGACGGCAUUGCCUCCAGACCUGCCAAAAGACGCAGCCAUCCUCCACCUGAGUGAGAACCCCUUGCACACCUUCUCCACGGCAUCCGUGGUGUCUUUCCCUCGCCUCACUCAGCUGUACCUACGUCAGUGCGAGCUGGCCAAGCUGCAGAUGGAUGAGAAGCUGCCACUGCUGGAGACACUGGAUAUAUCCCACAAUAAGCUGCAAAGCCUACCCAGGCUCGGGCCAGCACUGCCUGCUCUCAGGUCCCUGGACGUCUCCUUCAACCAGCUGACCUCCUUGUCUCCAGGUGCCCUGGAUGGCCUGAGCCAACUCCAUGAGCUCUACCUACGUGACAAUAAGCUAAAGACUCUGCCCCCAGGACUCCUGGAACCCACACCCCAGCUGAAGAAGCUCAAUCUAGCUAACAACGGGUUGAAAGAGCUGCCCUCUGGGCUCCUUUUUGGGUUGGAGGACCUGGACACCCUCUACCUUCAAGGGAAUUUGCUGUACACAAUACCAAAGGGCUUCUUUGGGACCCUCCUCCUGCCUUUUGCUUUUCUCCAUGACAACCCGUGGCACUGCAACUGUGAGAUCCUCUAUUUCCGUGGCUGGCUGCAGAACAAUCCCCAGAAUGUCUAUUUAUGGAAGGAAGGUAUGGAUGUCAAGGUCAUGACCCCCGAUGUGGCCAGUGUGAAAUGUUUCGAUUCAAGCAAGGUACCCAUCUACAAGUUCCCAGGGAAGGGUUGUCCCACUCUUGGUGAUGAGGAUGCCGAGGACUAUGAUGACUAUACAGAUGAGGACACUGAGGGUGAUAAGGUGCGUGCCACAAGGACUGUGGUCACCACAGCCCAUAUAACCCACUGGGACCUACCCUACUCACAGUCUACUGCUUCUAUAGACAGCCAAAUGUCUUCCUUGCAUCCAGUGCAAGAAUCCACUGAGACCCAGACUGCAUUCCCAACCAGAUGGAUCCCAGAUUCUAUCACAUUCCCAACUACCAUGAAAUCCAUCACAGUCUCCCAAACUCCAAAACCCACCAGUAAACCCACCACAACCCUGACCCUCCCAGAGCCCUCCACAACCCCGACCACCAGCCCAGAGCCCACCACAACCCCGACGACCACCAGCCCAGAGCCCACCACAACCCCGACCACCAGCCCAGAGCCCACCACAACCUUAACCACCAGCCCAGAGCCCACCACAACCCCAAACCCCAUCAUAUUCUUAACUACCAUAGAACCCACCUCACUCUCUACCACCUUAGAACCUAUCAUAACUAUCAUCCCUGAAUCUGUCCACCCUAGGGUGGCUCAAGGGAAUUUAGAUAGCUCUAGAAAUGGCCCUUUUCUUAACCCCGACUUUUGCUGCCUCCUCUCCCUGGGCUUCUAUGUCUUGGGUCUCCUCUGGCUCCUGUUUUCCUCUGUGGUCCUCAUCCUGCUGCUGACUUGGGUCCAGCAGGUGAAACCACAGGCCCUGGACAACGGCCAGAGUGCUGCUUUGGCCACAGCCACGCAAACCACACAUCUGGAGUUGCAGAGGGGAAGGCAAGUGAUGGUGCCCCGGGCCUGGCUACUCUUCCUUCAAGGCUCACUGCCCAUUUUCCGCUCUAGCCUCUUCCUGUGGAUACGGCCUAAUGGCCGUGUGGGGCCUCUGGUAGCAGGACGGCGGCCCUCAGCUCUGAGUCAGGGUCGUGGUCAGGACCUGCUGGGCACAGUGGGCAUUCGGUACUCUGGCCACAGCCUCUGAGGGUGGGAGGUUUGGGGACCUCAAGAGGCUCUGAUGGUCUCUCCUAUUGGGAUCUAGCUGGGGGUGGGGGUUGGGGGUGGAUAAGGAGCACAGGGUCACGGGGGCCAUCUUCAUUCCUUUCCUUUGUCAGGAGCCCUCUUCACACUGCACACACAACCUCAGAACCAGCAAAUCAGGAAGGGCAGAGAGACGGAGGAGCUGGGUGGCUCAUAGGACAAAGCUCCCAUCACUGCACAGGGUGUUGCCAGAUCACAUGGCUAUCACCACUGCGUUUGGGAAGAGUUUUUAGGAAAAGCAAAUAAGCAGAGCAGAGCGUAGCUCCCACAUGCAUCUGAGCACAGAAGACAAUUCAGAGCCAUGGAUCAGGUUAUGAGCACUAAAUUGUCUCUGGGUGUUAUAAACAUGGGUGUUUUUUUUUCUUUUUCUCCGUUUAGCAUUUUCUAGUUUUCCAUCAUCAUUGUGUAUUACUUGUAUAAUAAAAAUUAAA